AUGAGAAUGGUGUCGAGCGUGUCAAUCUUGGGCGCCGGGCCGGCGGGAUUCGCCCUGGCGGCGGACCUCCAGAACCACGGGACCAACACGCUGUUGUAUUCUCACCGGACUCACCUCCGGCACGCCAAGGCCGUCAUGGAGACGGGCCGUCUCCAGCUGAGCUGCAAGAUGGAGGGCUUCACGAACCUGAAGCUCACGACCGACAUAGCUGAGGCCGUGGCCUUCUCCAAGAUUCUCAUCUUGACCGUGCCGUCCACCGGCCAGCUGACGCUCCUGAACGAGCUGAGACACUACGACCUGCGGUUCCACACCAUCAUCGCCAUCCCGGGCAACCUGUUCUCGUUACUCAAGGAGAUCGACAUCGAGGCGGAGAACAUCCUGGAGACCAACCUCUCGCCGUACUCGUGCCGCAUGGAGGGCGACAACCUCGUCGUCUUCGGCCGCAAGAGCGUCAUCCACAUCGCCGCUCAGCACACUACCGCCGUUCGGCCGGGCUUCCGCGAGGAGAUCCAGAGCAUCUUCCCCUCGAAGCUCCGGUGGUGCGACAACGUCAUCGAGGUCUGCCUGGCCAACGUCAACGGCGUCUUCCACCCACUGAUGAUGCUGAUGAACGCCGGCCGCAUCGAGGACACGGCAGGCGACUUCAUGCUGUACCGCGACGGCCUGACGAGGUCCGUCGCCAACGCCAUGCUGGCCGUCGACCGCGUGCGCAUGGAGGUCUGCACCAUGUUCGGCCUGCGCGCCGUGAGCGCCAUCGACCUAUCCAACGAGUGCUACGACCAGGCCUUCACCGACCUGGUCGACCUGGCGCGCAACUCGCCGCCGCACAACAAGCUGCGAGCCCCGACCGGCUUCGAGAACCGAAACAUAUCGGAGGACGUCCCUGAUCUGCUGGUGUCCUGGCAAGGCCUGGCCGAGAUGGUCGGCGUUGACGCCUCGCCCAUCGCCGCCGUCAUCAUCCUCGCCGAGAUGGCCACGGGGCUCAAUCUCAGGGAAACGGGGAGGGGCCUCGACAAGCUACGUCUUGAGGGUCUUGGGCCGGGCGAGUUGACAAGCGCGUUCAACCCUUACAUGACACCACCACAAACAGAAGCUCGGCUAUGA